UUUGAAGAGCAUCGACCUCUCUUACCACGUCCUACUUAUCAGCUUCCUUCACCAGCACAAUUGAAUUCGCAGUUGCAGUACCAACAGCAAUACGAACAACAUCAUCCGCACCAUACACAGUUUGAUUAUAUCAAACAGAGUCGAUAUCAUCAAAACAACAUGCCUCUCGUUGAACGACUUCCACCUCAGCGAAGGUUUACUGGUGGUCAAGAUUAUGCAACUCAAAAUGGACAGGCAAGACAGAUUGGCCAGAAUGAAAAACCACCACAGUUUUGCAGUAUACCAUCUUCAGCAACAGUAAAAGCUGGUGAUUCGAUCACAUUUGCAGCUAAAACAGUCGGUCAACCGGUACCAAAUCUUAAUUGGUAUCACUCUGAUGGCAGUCAUAUUACAACCGGUGGACGCUAUGUGGUUGAGGUGCUAAAUGAUGGUUCCACAAAAUUGACCAUUAAUAAAUGUACAGCUGAAGAUAAUGAUACUUACUUAUGCGUUGCGGAAAAUGAAGGUGGUGCCGUACAAAUACGCUGCUCGCUUAAUGUUCUUGAGCAAAAAUCCGGUGGUGCACCUCAAUUUGCUAGUAAAUUUCAAUCAGUGACAAUUUAUGAAGGCGAUUCUUUAACACUUUACUGUAAAGCUGUAGGUGGAAAAAUUCGAAUGAAUUGGUCCAAAGAUGGUACACCGCUAAAAAGUGGUGGCUCAUUUAAAAUAGAAGAUAAGGGAAACGGUGAGACAACCCUGCAGAUUCUUAGCGCUAAAAUGGCUGAUGGUGGUUGGUAUCAAUGUGAUGCAACGAAUGAAUCCGGAAUAUCCUCUUUGAAGGGACGUAUAGUUGUUCAAACUCGCCAAAAAUUAGAAACAACGAAUAGAGAUCAAAUUACAUUAAGAAAAGUUGACCGUCGCAUGGCUAGGUAUGGUGGUGGUAAAAUGGAAGUGGAUGCUGACGAGAUACGAGAAGCUUCCAAGCAACCGCCAAAAUUUUUGGAUACAAUUAAGAAUUUAAGUUUAAUUGAGGGUCAAACUGCUUUGCUCAGCUGUAAAUAUUCACCACCAGAUGAUCCGAAUUUAAAAAUAGCCUGGCUACUAAAUGGAAAGGCUGUAAUGACAAGUUCACGUUUGUCAACAGUAGCCGAAAAAGGUUAUGCUGCUUUGGAAAUUAACCCGGUUAAAAUGUUCGACAAAGGUGAAUAUACGAUAGUGGCUGUAAACACGCUUGGUGAAGCGCGACAAUCUGCAACUGUUAAUGUCAUAGGACAUCGUAGUGCCUUAGCAGAUACCUCUAAUGUUACUCUUUAUGAUCGAUCUCAAGCUGGCAAAACAACUACAAAAAUUGCCGAAAUGCCAAAUUUCCAUGCAGAAUUACGGUCAAUGGAAGUUUUUGAUGGUCAGGAUGUCCAUUUAGAAGCAAAAUUUUCACCAGCAGAUGAUCCGAAUGUAAAAAUUUUGUGGUUUUUCAAUGGAAAACCAUUAAAGCAAAGCGAUAAUAUAAAAAUGUCUGCUGGUUUGGGACUGAUUACAUUAGAUAUUUUGGGCAUUUCACCAGCAGAAGCUGGCAAUUACACAUGUCAGCUAAUAAAUGAAGUCGGUGUUAUGGAAUCAACAGCUGUUGUACUUGUUCAACCUCGUGUAAAAGAUUUCGAACAAAGGAAUAUAAUGGAUGUGGAAGAUGCACGUGAACUUCGAUACGAAGUUGAUUCUUCAGCUCAUGCACCUGUCUUCCUUACAAAUCUAUCAAAUUGUCACUGCAAUCAAGAGCUUGGAAGUUCAUAUUUUGAAGCACGCAUUGCACCCGUAAAUGAUCCUACACUGAAAGUAAUUUGGCUAAAAGAUGGACAACCACUGCCGAAUGCUAAUAGAAUACAAACGUUCAACAAUUUUGGGUGCGUAUCCCUAACACUGAAUCCAACAUAUCCGGAAGAUGAAGGUACCUAUAUUUGCGUCCUAAAAAAUUUGCAUGGUCAAGCACAAAGUGCAGCACAACUCACUACAGUGCACACCACCAGUUUACAGCUUGAAUCUAAACAUCAGCAAUCAUUAGCACAAAUUGGAUAUCUUGAGGGAUAUCAGGUAUAAAGUCGUAUUGAAGUAAACGAGAAUGAUCCAGUGCAUUUCGAAGCACGAAUUCAACCAGCAAACGAUGUAAAAAUGGUUGUUGAAUGGUAUCAUAAUGGUGCACCUUUACCAGCAGCUCAUAGGCUGAAGCCAAUGUUCGAUUUCGGUUAUGUCGCUUUGGAUAUUCUCUAUGCAUUCCCCGAAGAUUCUGGAAUCUAUACAUUGAUUGCCAGGAAUGAGUUAGGUGAAGUGCAAUCAAAUCUCGAACUGAUCGUCAACUCGGAGAAAUCUCUCUACCUGGAUGCUCAUCAUCCGGAAGGACUGGAUCGAAUUCAGGAGUUGGAACAAAGUCGCAUUCGUCCACUGGAACAUCCAGCUGAUCGUGAAUGUGAUCAUGAGCCACGAUUCAUCGGAGAUUUGCAUGAUUUGGAGUUGAAUGAAAAUGAGAACAUUCACUUUGCUUUGAAGUUGGAACCAAUGAAUGAUCCUACGAUGAAAGUAGAAUGGUACGUUGACGGACGUCCACUUUUGGCCAGUUCUCGUGUCCGAACUCAAUAUGAAUUUGGUUUCUUGAUAGCUGACAUUCGUGGUGUUAUUCCGGAGGAUUCUGGAAUUUAUACCAUAAGAGCAACAAAUGCACUUGGUGAAGGAACAAGGGAAUGCCGAGUAACUGUAAAACCGCAUGCAACUAUACUUUCUGAGACGCAACAUCAAGAAAGUUUGGGUAAAAUUCAUCAAAUCGAAAACUUGAACAAGUAUGGCCGGCAGGAGGUGGAAGAUAAAGGCCCACAGGGACCGCCAUGUUUUAUAAAGCCAUUGCCUGGUGAUAUUGGUGAAGUAGAAGAAGGGGAACCGCUCCAUCUCGAAUGUCAAAUAACACCAGUAAAUGAUAAUACAUUGUCUAUCAACUGGCUAAAAGAUGGAAAGCCAAUUCCGACAGGACAUAGAUUCCGUACCUUCCAUGAUUUUGGUUUUGUUUCGUUGGAUAUUUUGGAUGUGUAUGCUGAAGAUUCUGGAACAUAUACGUGUGUUGCAAAAAAUGCACUUGGACAAGCAGAUUCAUCAAUUACUUUCACUUGCAAGGACAAAGAACGUAUUCUUGGCCAAACACAGCAUCCAAGCAGUGUUGCCAAAAUCCAACAAAUUGAAGCACCUAAACCAGCUCCAGAAGAAAUUCCGGACGCAAUAAAAGAAGCACCAAAAUUCAUCAAACAUAUUGGUAUCGGUGAAAUGAUGUACGUUACUGAAGGUGACAACGUUUAUCUUGGAGCGCAAAUCACUCCUGUAGAUGAUAAUUCAUUAACGUAUGAAUGGCUUUUAAAUGGCAGACCGCUGAUGAAAGCUCACCGUUUUGUGCUUAUUCAUGAUUUUGGAUUUAUUGCACUCAAUAUUUUAUAUAUGUAUCCGGAGGAUAGUGGUACUUAUACUCUGAUUGUAAAAAAUGCAGCUGGCGAAGCAAAAUCUGUUGCUGAUAUUGAUUGUAAAGCUAAAGGAAGCAUGAUAACGGAAUCCUUUCAUCCUAACUCAGUACAACGUAUUCGCGAACUGGAAAUGCCGUUGCAGUUACCGGAUGAGCGUCCGGAAGCGCCACGAAUGGCACCGAAAAUUGUACGAGCUCUGCCAACACAACUGGAUAAUGUGCAUGAAAGUCAAACACUUCAUUUAGAAGCGCAAAUUUUACCUGUUGAUGAUAAUCAACUUAAAGUUGAAUGGCUUCAUAAUGGACAUCCUUUAAAAGCUGGUAGUCGAUACCGCCUGAUGAAUGACUUUGGUUUCGUAUCUUUGGAUAUUGAUUAUGUCAUCGCUGAAGAUGCCGGAGUGUACACAUUGCUUGUCACAAAUCCUGAAGGUCGCGCCGAAACGAGCACAGAAUUUGAUGUAGAACGAUUGAAAAAUAUUUAUAUGGAUACCGAACAUCCGGAAAGCUUACGACGAAUUCAAGAAAUUGAAGCAGUACAACCAGCAAAGCCAUCUGAAGAAGAAUUAAUACCUGAAAAGCCAUCUUUCACUCAACCAUUGAACGGUCCUAAAGAAGUCCUUAGAGAAGGACAAUCAGUACAUAUGGAUUGUAUGGUGCAGCCAAUUAAUGAUCCUAAUUUGAAGAUUGAAUGGUUCCUGAAUGGUUAUCCGAUUAUGUUCGGAUCGCGUAUUCGAACUAUGCAUGAUUUUGGUUACGUAGGCCUUGAAUUCUUGCAUAUUCAUCCGGAAGAUUCGGGUACUUAUACAUGCAAAGCUAGCAAUGCAGCUGGUGAAGCAACUACCGAAUUCUUUAUUGAAUGUAAACCACGAAGAAAUAUCUAUCUUGAUACUCAACAUGCAGAAUCAUGGGCAAAAAUACAAGAGAUCGAGAAUUACCAACCACCACGUGAACCAUCACCUGAACUUUCUUUUCCACCACCAACUUUCACUGUACCAUUACAAAAUUUCGAUGGUAUCGUUGAUGGUGAAAGUGUUCGAUUAGAAUGUAGGCUGCAACCAAUUAAUGAUCCGACAUUAAAAGUAUAUUGGACCAAAAAUGGAUUACCGUUACCAGAAGGCAGUCGUUUUAUGCCGGCGCGUAAUUUGGAUUAUGUAACGUUGGAUUUGCUGGCUGUGUACGGUGAAGAUUCCGGAAUGUAUUCAUGCCGAGCAGUUAGUGAAUUUGGUGAAGCAACAACUUCAUGUACUGUUACGUGCCAACCAACGGAAUCGCUACUUUUGGACACUCAACAUCAGGAAUCUUGGAAUAGAAUUCAAGAUAUAGAAAAUCGUCAACCGCAAGAACCAAUUUACUUUGAACCAGAAAAAAUAUCACCACGAUUUGUGGUAGCUCUACCCACGCAAAUUGGUGAAUUCAAUGAGGGUGAACCCAUUCAUUUGGAAGGACAGAUAGAACCUUCGAAUGAUAAUGAACUCAUAGUAGAGUGGUAUCAAAAUGGACAACCGCUUGCAAAUGGUCAUCGCUUCCGGAAAACACAUGAUUUUGGAUAUGUUUCAUUGGAUAUACUCUAUGCUUUUCCUGAAGAUAGUGGAGAAUGGACAUGUGUAGCAAGUAAUAGUUUAGGUGACGCUCAGUCAACAGCAACAUUCAAAAUUAUCGGCAAAGAAAUAAUCAAUAGUGAAAGCCAGCAUCCAGAAAGUUUACGAAGAAUUCGAGAAAUCGAAGCACCAAAAGAAGUAGCACCAGAAGCACCAGAAUUAAAACCUCUAGCACCAAAGUUUGUGCAACCGCUAGGAACUAUCGAAAGAAUCGAAGGCCAGCCUGCACAUUUUGAAACGAGGGUAACACCAAUCAAUGAUCCAAAGAUGAGAAUACAAUGGUUCAAAGAUGGCGCUCCUCUGUUAAACAGUAAUCGAUUCCAUCACACAUCUGAUUUCGGAUUCAUCGGAUUGGAUAUUUCAUACACUGUUCCGGAAGAUGCUGGUGUAUAUACGGUUGUAGCAGCAAAUGAACAAGGACAGGAUCAGGCAGAGGGACACCUCUCCGUUGAAACCAGAUCAGCUAUUGUUGGCGAUACACAACACGAGAGUAGCUGGCAAAAGAUUCAAGUAUUGGAGCAACCAAAAAAGAGGCCUGAAGAGGCAUUAGAAUCUAGCCAUGGGCCACCUCAUUUCAUCCGACAAUUAAACUCUAAUGAAAAUCUUAUCGAAGGGCAGCCAGCACACUUCGAAGCGCAAUAUGAACCAAUCAAUGAUCCACAGCUGGCAAUUCUGUGGUUUCAUAAUGGACGUCCAUUAGCUGCUGGUAGUCGUAUUUCAAUGAGAAAUGAAUUUGGUUUGGUAACGCUCGACAUACAUUACGUUUUACCGGAAGAUAUUGGUGAAUUCCGUUGUCUGGCAAGGAAUGCAGUGGGUGAAGAUCGAACAUCUGGCAAUUUGCAAUGUCAAACUCGAGCAAGCAUUCUUGCAGAAGUACAACAUCCUGAGAGUUGGAAAAGAAUUCAAGAAAUUGAAGCACCGAAGUCUAUGCCAGCCGCUCCAGAACCGACCGUUUAUGCAAAACCGACUUUCACUCAACCUUUGAAAAGUAUGGCUGAUGUGCCGGAAGGAAGUGUUGUUCUUUUAGAAGCAAGAGUUAUACCUGUUAAUGAUCCUAAGCUGCAAAUUCAAUGGUUCCAUAAUAAUGCACCAUUGCAACAGAGUAGCUGGCACACUAUGACUAAUGAUUUUGGAUGUGUCACUUUGCGCAUCUCACCUAUUUAUCCACAUCAUUCUGGUGUCUACUCAUGUAAAGCAGUAAAUGAACAAGGAGCAGCUGUAACAAGUGCAAAUGUCUCUAUCUUGGAUGCGGAUAGUUUGGUGGUGGAUACUCAGCAUCCAGAUUCCUUGAAAAAAAUUCAGGAACUGGAAUCGAUCGAUAAGAAUGUACGUUUGGAAGUACCCGAGCCUGAGUUCGGUAAACCAAAUUGGAUCAAAGCUUUCGAUAACAUUGAUAACUUGCAAGAGGGUGAAAUUGUACACUUAGUUGGAUAUGUGGAACCAGUUGGUGAUCCUAAUUUGAGGAUUGAAUGGUACUUGAAUGGCGCUCCCUUAAAGAACUCAAAUCGAUAUCGUCAUGAAAAUGACUUCGGAAAUAUCACAUUGACAGUUGUCCAUGUUCUUCCGGAAGAUUCUGGCGUAUACACAUGUAAAGCUGUAAAUAAACAUGGUGAAGCUACUACCAGUGCUACAGUGAAAGUUGCUGGUUAUGAAUCAAUCGUACGUGAUACACAACAUCCAGUAUCUUGGGAAAAGAUUCAAAUUCUUGAAACACCAGCAGUAAUUGAAGAGAUUGAGGAAGUGAUCGAAAAAGAAAAACCGCGUUUCCUCACGCAACUCGAAUCAGUAACUGAUAUUCCGGAAGGUGCAAUUGUGCAUUUGGAAGCAACAUUCCAACCUGCUCGUGAUCCUGAUCUUAAGGUAAUCUGGUUACGCAAUGGACAGCCACUUGGUGCUAGUCAGUUGAUAAAGACAACAAGCGAACUAGGCUGGGCGGCUUUGGACAUCAGUGGUGUUAAUCCAGAUCAUAAUGGUGUCUACACACUUAAGAUUAUAAACAGCGAGGGCGAAGCGGCUUCGUCUGCUUCUAUUAAGGUGGCUGGUAUUGGUGACAUUUUACUGGAUACUUCACAUGAAGAGUCGUGGCGUAGAAUUCAAGAAAUUGAAGCGCCGAAGGAAAAGACACCUGAACCACCACCGCCAGUUUAUGAUGCUCCAGCAUUCCAUGAACAAAUUUCUGAUGUUGAAUGCGGUGAAGGUGAACCAUCACACUUCGAGGCGGUCAUUGUACCGACUAAUGAUCCUAAUUUACAAGUUGUAUGGUUUCGUAAUGGACAACCAUUGGCACAUGGCUCGAAAUAUGCAAUUUCACGGGAUUUCGGUUUUUGCACUUUGGAUAUCGGCUAUACAUAUCCUGAGGAUCAAGGUGUAUAUCAGUUACGUUUAACAAACGAAAAUGGUGAGGCAGUUUCCAGUGCUACGUUGAAAUGUCAUCCGAAGGAAGCAAUAUAUGGUGAUACUCAACAUAUGGAGUCAUGGAAACGAAUACAGGAAUUAGAAGCACCGAAAACACCAUUGCCCGAGAUAUCGCCACCUCCGAAAAUAUUACCUCGAUUUCUUACACAUAUUCAAAGCCCUGGCGAUCUCUAUGAAGGACAGCCAGCACACUUUGAAGCUACCAUAGAACCAAUAGAUGAUCCGGAUCUUAAAAUACAGUGGUUCCUGAAUGGAAGCCCAAUAUCGGCAAGCUCACGAGUAAAGAUGAUUAAUGAUUUUGGUUGGAUUAUCAUGGAUAUAAGCACAACAGAAUCAAGAGAUAGCGGUGAAUGGACAUGUGUCGUAUCGAAUGAAGUUGGGGAAGCAAAAAGUGCAGCACCUAUUAAUGUUUUAAGUAAAGAAAGUAUCAUUUUUGAUUCGAUGCAACCGCAAAGUCUUGAAAGAAUUAUGGAAAUAGAAGCUGAGAAACCAGUUCCUGAUGAAGCUCCACCAAAAACUUUUGGUCCACCAAAGAUUACUGUUCAUCUACAAAAGCCGGAAGGUCUUACUGAAGGUGAUAGCACUCACUUAGAAGCUCAAUUCACACCAAUUGAUGAUCCACAUCUUAAAGUAGAAUGGUUCCGUGAUGGUAAACCUUUAUUCCAUGCAAAUCGAUAUAAGAUGGUGCAAGAUUUUGGUUUUGCAAUUCUUGAUAUUCUACAUCUCUUUGCACAGGAUGCCGGUGAAUACACUGUGAAAGUUAUUAAUUCUGCGGGUGAAGCGAGCUCAUCAACUGUUUUAGAAAUUGCAUCCAGAGAAACUCUUCUACUCCAACCUCAGGAUGAAGGUAAGGCAAAAGCAAUUGAACAGCUUGAAUAUAAUUUACACUUGAAACCGGAAGAAAAAGCUAUCGAGGAGCAAAAAACCGUUCCUGUAUUUAUUGAACCACUUUCUGCUCCUACCACAUGUGAGGAAGGGGAUCGUGUUCAUUUUACUGCUCGAUAUGAGCCAUUGAAUGAUAAUCAGUUACAGAUUCACUGGUAUCUGAAUGGGAAACCAUUGAAGACUGGAAGUCGUGUCAAAACAAUCAAUGAUUUUGGUUUUGUUAUCCUGGAGAUAUCACCGUCAUAUCCGGAAGAUUCGGGUGAAUAUACUUGCCGUGCCAUUAACAAGGUUGGUGAAGCGGUAACAAGCACACAACUGAAAUGUAAUCCCAAGCAAACGAUCAUCACGAAGUCACAGCUUCCAAAUAGCAUGUCUGGUGCUUAUAAAAAAAUCAUUGAAAUUGAGGCACCGAAAGCACCGCUUCCUGAGAAGCCUGAGUUUGAUUAUGGAGCACCGAAAUUCUUAACUCAAUUACAGUCACUGACGAAUUUAUCAGAAGGACAGUUAGCGCAUUUGGAAGCACAAGUGGAACCAGUAGGUGAUCCGAAUCUAAAGAUCGAAUGGUUCCAUAAUGGAAAACCUGUUGGACAUACAGCUCGUAUGAAAGCAAUUCAUGAUUUUGGUUUUGUGGUUCUAGAGUUGAUGCCUGCAGAGCCACAAGAUUCGGGAAAAUGGGUAUGUCGUGCAAGCAACAAGAAAGGACAAGCGGAAACAUCAUGCGAUAUGCAGGCAAAGUUUAAAGUUCAAGGUAUGGGUGGUAUUGUUUCCGAUUGGCAAAGUACUGCUGAAGGUAAAAAUCGUAUUGAAAAGCUGGAAGAAUAUAUCCAUCGGCCAAGAGAUGAAUUGGAUCAACCAGUAAGAGAGUUUGACGCACCGUACUUUACUCAAAAUCUCACUGAUCUUGGUCAGAUGAAUGAAGCAGAAGCAACAGCUUUUACUUGUGUGUUGCAACCAAUUGGUGAUUCAUCGCUUCGUAUUGAAUGGCUUCAUAAUGGACAUUCUAUACCUUAUUCAAAUAGGAUCCAUAUGUCAAGUGAUUUUGGUGUCGCUACACUGCUAAUUAAGCAUCUGAUAACCGAAGACAGCGGAGAAUACAAAUGUAUAGCUUAUAAUUCUAAAGGAAAAGCAGAAACUAUUGGUCAUAUUGAAGUUGCAUCUAUCAUUCAAAUUGACGCACCACAAAUAAUUCAACCUCUGGUUGAAAAUAUUGGUGGAGUUGAUCAAGGCGAUUCAAUUCAUAUGGAAUGUCGUGUAUCACCCAUUAAUGAUUCAAAAUUGACAGUUAACUGGUUGAAAGAUGGUAAACCACUCACGGAAGCUUCACGUUUUAAGUCAUUAUGUGAAUUUGGUUUCGUAACGUUGGAUAUUCUGUAUGCACUUCCGGAAGAUAGUGGCGUUUAUGAAUGUGUUGUUAUGAAUGAUAAAGGCCAAGCAUCCACUAAAACUCUUGUUACGAUCCUUUCAAAACCAAGCGUAGAAUUUGCGCCACAAGCACCUGGAGCUAAUAUGGAAAAUCUCGAGAAUCAUUUACGUCAACAUACGCAUGUUGCUUUGGCACUUAGCAAGGACGAUGCCUAUAAUGAAGCUGCAGAGCAACCACCCGAAUUUAAAACUAAGUUAACGAAUAUUGGUGUUGAGGAGAGUGAUUAUUGCCGCUUCGAAACACAAAUUGCACCGAUUAAUGAUCCAUAUAUGAAAGUAGAGUGGUUUAAAGAUGGAAAACCCGUUUUAAUAGGACAUCGCUUCCGUUCAGUGCUAGAUUUUGGAUUCGCAUGCUUAGAUGUCCUCUACGCAUUACCAGACGAUACGGGUGAAUAUACUUGUGUUGCUACGAAUCCUUAUGGGAAAGCAACAACAUCAGCAAAAUUGGCUUGUUCAGGUUCUAAACAUAUUAUCACCGAAAGCCAGCUUCCGCAAGGUGUUCUAGUUUCUGAUGUCAAGAAACUCGGUGAUCAACCGUAUUGGUCUGAACAAAUGAGCGAACAGCAGCGUGGGAAACAGCCACCAAGAUUUACAAUAAAACCCAUGAAUAUACAGGCGGUAGAAAAUGAACCGGCCAGAUUUGAGUGCGCGGUAAUCGGCUAUCCGAAACCAAAAGUUAUUUGGUAUAUAAACGGGAAUCAAGCCAUACAUGGAAGCAGAUAUAAAUUACAUUAUGAUGGAAUUUACUAUUUGACAAUUUCAAAGACUAAAAUAUCAGAUGCUGGUGAAAUUGUUGCAAUUGCAAAAAAUUCGGAGGGUGAGGUACUUGCUUCCGCAAUGUUAGACGUUUAUCAAACCAAGGACUUCCGACAUGUCAAACUAAGGCCGACAUCUUUCAAAACUAUUGAUGAACUGCACGAGAGAGAAGUCAGAUGGCAGAAGGAAGUUCUAGGCUCUCUUGGAGAAGCAUUUGAGAAAGCACCAAAAGCUGAUCAACAAAAAUUGAUGAGGAUUGAACGAUCGAAGACACCUAUCGAACCGCUUGAAAGUGAAGAGCUUAUCGAGAGGUUUACCAGACCUAAAAAUGAACAAUUCUACAACCAACUUACUUAUAUCGAAACAACUCGUCCAACAUUUGAAAGCAUGAAGUUGGAGGAUGUAGCUUUAAAGCCUGGACAUGUUGAGAAAUAUAAGCCAGCAAAAGAAGAGAUGGAACGAGUGGAACUAAGAGCUGCUCCUAAAGUAGAAAAGGAAGCAAUACCUGCUGGUGCUAGCGUACCAAAACCGCAAUGGGCAGUCGACAAAAAGCUUGGCAAUGUUGAAUCACGAUUCCGAAGAUUACCUGAGCAAGAAAAAGAGGUAGUAGUACCGGCGCGUGAUCAGGUGAAAUUUAAAUUGGCGAAACCAAAGCCGGCGGCUGAAUUGCCAUCUGCACAACAUGUGGAAAUUCAAAAAGAGAAAGCAAAAUUGGCAUCUGUAAAACAGAAACCGGAAACAGCUAAGCAGGUAGAAGUUCCAGCAAAAAAUCAGGUACAGAUAAAGCAGAAAUUCCAACCGAAAGUGGUGAAACCAUCAGAAGCAUCAGUUAUCGAGAGUGGUCCUCUGAAAGAAACACCUGCUGUUGUUAAAGGAAAGAUUACAGAAACGACAGUACCGUCGAAGCAUACUGUACUAUAUCAAAUUUGUCGUGAACAUUCUGAGCAUGCAGUUGAAGUGAACUUAGCAGAACAGGAAGAUCUGAUGUCGGAAGAAUAUAUGAAACGUGCAGAAUUCAAUUAUACUAAUCGAAUCCGUGAACGAGUCUUGGGUUUUCGUAUUCUACGACAUAUUGCUCCGCAACCAACUAAAAUGGGACAAACUCAAAAAGUAGCGCCACAAAUCUCUCAACAAUUGAAACCAGUACAAGCUGAAAUUGGACGUCAGGCACAGUUCAAUGUGUUAUUUAAUGGUGAUGAACCUAUUACAAUAAAGUGGUUCCGGAACGGUAAAGAAAUCAAACCAAGUUUCGAAUUUCAGAUCGAUACCACACCAAAUAGUUCAACCUUGACAGUCGGGAAGUUAAAAGUUGACCAUGAUGGUCAGUAUAUGUGUCGCGUAACAAAUGUUGCGGGUACACAAGAAUCGAUGGCUAAUUUGGUCGUUCUUCCACCAGCUGGACAUGGGACAGCACCGAAUUUCACGCAGCGAAUGACCGAUGUCCGAGUUCAACAAAAUGCUUCGUCCCAGUUCAGAUGCAUCGUUACUGGCAAUCCAGAACCAAUUGCUAGUUGGUUCAAAGAUAGUAAGCCACUACCAAAUGAUGCACGUUAUCAGAUUAUCAGUGAGGGUAAUGAACGCUUGUUAAUAAUUUCUGACAUAUUACCGCAGGAUGCAGGUAUCUAUGAAUGCGUUAUAAAGAAUAGCGCUGGUGAAGCUAGAUGUAAAGCUCGUCUUAAUAUCAUACUGGCAAAAACCGGAAAAGGAGCUGAAGUUGGACCACGAUUAGAGGCACCUCGAUUCCAGUCCCAAAUACAACCUGUUAUAGUCAAUGAAGGAGCACCAGCUGAGUUUAAAGCAAGCUAUACCGGUUUUCCUGAACCAAUGAUUCGAUGGUAUCGUAAUAAUGAGCCAAUCAAGAAGACGAAAUAUUUCGAAAUGAGUCAAGGCAAAGGUGAGGCAAUGUUGCGCAUUACGAAGUGUUACCAGGAUGAUGUGGCAGAGUAUAAAUGUGAAGCAACAAAUCCGGCUGGUAAAGCAACAAGUGUCGCCAAUUUGCUUUUACAACCAAAAAGUGGCGUUGUAACGCGACCGACAAUUGCAGCAUCUUCUUCUGCAUCUGGAAAUGUACCAAACAGUGCUAUUUCUGAUAGUACUCAAUUGAGGAAAAAAGCACCAUCUUCUGGUGUACCGCAAUUUAUUUCAAAACUUUCAGACAUAACCGCUCGAGCAGGACAUACAGUAAAGUUUCUUGCCGAAAUAUCAGGUAACCCACAACCAAGUGUUGCAUGGCAAUUUAAUGGAAAACCACUUUAUGAUGGACGCAAUCAUAAGAUAUCAUUAACUGGUAACAAAGCAGUUCUGGAGUUGCAACGAAUUUCAGAAGCAGAAGCUGGUGACUAUAUGAUAACAAUUCGCAAUACUUUAGGCGCUGCUCAGAGCCAAGCAAAACUUAAGAUUCAGUUACGAUAG